GCCCCCCCCCGUUCAGUUAGUUCGCGUCGGUCAAAGCAGUGCUCGCGGCCUGCGCCCUUUUCUCUCCACCCGCCUCCGGGGCACGCGGGCCCUCACGCGUUGCCUCAGCAGAGCAGCUGCCGCCAUCCCUUCCGCGAGUGCCGUUGCCAAAGGCGCCCCUCCUCCUUCCCCCUCCGCUUUAGCGCGUCCUCCUUAAGCAGGGCGGGAGGAGGAGGAGGAGGACAGCGAUGAACGGCGGCUGCUCCUGACGACGGCAGCCCACCCCGCUCCUGCCCGCCCGCCCUCCUUCCCUCCCUUCAUCCCGAGGAUGCUGAAGAUGAAGCUGCCGGUAAAGCAGCAGCAGCAGCAGCGGCAGGCGAUGAGCCCUAAGGAGGAAGAGGAGGGAGCGACCGUUGGAGUGGCCCUGAGAGGACGCGGCGGGGGUCGCGGGGGCGGCCUGGCCUGUCACACGAGCCGAAGCGGGGCCGCCGGGUCUGGGGCGGCGGUUCCCCCCGGCGGGGGUGGUGGUGGUGGUCCGCCGCCGCCGAUGCGUUGCCUAUGCGGCUGCUCGGCCGGCGGCGCUCGCGAAGCGGUCUACGAGUGGUUCGGCCUGGCGCUGGGCUCGGCUCAGCGGCUGGAGUUCGCCGUAGGGCUGCUCGACCUGCUCAACCCGCUGGAGCUGCGCUUCCUGGGCUCCUGCCUGGAGGAGCUGGCCCGAAAGGACUACCACUGCCUGCGGGACUCCGAAGCCAAGGCCAACGGCGCUGUGGGUGGCGGCGGCGGCGGCGGUGCUGCUGCUGCGACAGCCACCGCCCUCGACGCCGCCCCGGCGGGAGGCAGCCCCGCAGGGACUGGCCCGCCGCCGCCGCCGCAGCAGCUUCUCAUCGCGGCGCCUCCCUCUCCUCCGGGCACCGCAGCUGCUGCCUCCCCACCCCCUCCUCCCUCUCCCGCUGCUGCUCCUCUUCUUCCUCCGCUGGGCGGCAGCGACUUUCGCGACCCGGCUGUGCGUUCCAAGCUCAUCGUCUAUCUGGCGCUCCUGGGGUCGGAAAACCGCGAAGCCGCCAGCCGUCUCCAUCGCCUCCUGCCCCAUGUGGACGCCAUCCUGCAAAGCUGCCGACCCCUCGCCCCGCUACGCCCUGCGGGGGCAGUGGCAGAAGAAUCGGAGGCCACGAGCCGGCCCGGGGCGGAGGAGGGCCUGGGGCUAGUGGCUCAGGAGGAGCUGCUGCUGCUGUUCACCAUGGCUUCCUUGCACCCCGCCUUCUCUUUCCACCAGAGAGUCACUCUCAGGGAGCACUUGGAGCGGCUGCGGAGGGCCCUCUGCCGGGACGCAGAGGAGCUGGACGGUUUCACCUGCCAUGGGGGUCGGAACUUUCCCCAUAAUUGCAUGCCAAGAGCUGAGAACAACUUGCUUGAACAAACAUCAGUGCUUCGUGAUAAACUUACAGUGGCUUCUCACAGACCACAACAAGAAGCUGUACACAUUGAGAAGAUAAUGCUGAAAGGAGCGCCAAGGAAAAGGGCUGACAAACAUCUAGAGUAUACCUUCAAAGUCAUCUGGUCUGAUCAUUCUAUAUCCUGUGUAACAAAAACACACCAGGAUCUGCAGGAAUUUCUACUAAAACUUCCAAAGGAACUUUCUUCUGAAGCAUUUGACAAGACUAUUUUAGGAGCACUAAAUCAGGGGUUCCAGAAGCAAGAAGAAAGACGACACUCAGACUUGGAACAUAUGAUAAGGCAGCUAUUUUCAACUACGUCACAAGCUUUUCUGCAAAAUCGGAGAGUGAACAACUUCUUUCAGUCUCUGUCUUCAGAAUCUUUGUACACUCACAAUAGCCUUCAGUCCUCCCUGAAGACAUCUAAGACUCCAGAGCAUUUCAAGGAGGACAGCUCGGAGGCUUCAAGUCAGGAAGAAGAAAUGAUACAGCACACAACAAUUCAUAAGAAACAUAAUGGAAAAUGUCCUGUUGCCAACACAAUUAAUACUAAAUGUUCAUCACUGGAUGACUUUGAUAUAACGCAUUCGGAACACAAUGGCAUGGCAGACUGGAGAAGAAAAAGCUGUGCAGUUCAGCAGCAUCCAGAACAUUGUACAUUACUUGAUCAGCAUACAGGAGAAAAGAGGAGCUUGCCUAUAAUAAGCAAGAAGAAAGGAAAGCUGCAGUCUGAAAAAGAUAAAGUCAAGAGAACUGACACUAGGUUAACCAUCAGAACUAACUGUGUAAGAGUUGCAGAUACUCACCACUACCUCCAUCUAGGAACAGCAAAAGAUUCAAAUUUAGAUAUUACAGUUGGACAUGAUACAUGUGGAGAAACCUCUUCAGAGAGUUACAGUUCUCCUUCUAGUCCACGGCAUGAUGGAAGGGAAAGCUUUGAAAGUGAAGAAGAAAAAGACAAAGACACGGACAGUAAUUCUGAAGAUUCUGGGAACCAAAACGUGAUGAGGUUUACUGGCUAUGGUACUGCAGAUCUCAAUAAGUCGCCAGCACAUAUUUCAGUUAGAGCAAAAAAUGGAAAUAUUGUAGAGGAUCCUCUGAGUUCACAGUUUCAGCAUAUUUCCUUUAUGCCUGCCCUGCACUGUGUGGUGCGUAAUGGUGCACAAAAGCCUGAAACAGUAGUCCCACCACCCAUAUCUGUUGAUGGAAAAACUUUGGGAAUGGUGGUUGCUGGUCCCAUUGCCCUUUCACCAAUGAGAGAGUCUGCGAAUUCAGCUCCUGUUGGAAUGGGCUCGGCUGGAGACUCGGAAAAACACAUUGAACUUCUGUCUUCCCCUUUGCCAGCCACUUUCCUCCCACCUACAGUACAGCCUGGUAGUCCUGCUUUGCACUUAGCAAUACACAGAAUGAAAAUAUCUUCACCACAGGUUUCAUCUGAAGGUUGCACAGUCAGCGGACCACAACAACAAACGGGAAGCCUAAGCAUUGGAUCACCAAACACUGCCUUUAUCCCAGUCCACAACCCAGGUAACUUUCCAGGAUCCACUGUUCCUACUACAGACCCCGUCUCAAAAUCUGCAUCCCAUGUGGUGGGCCUAAAUCAAAUGGUGCCUCAUGUUGAGGGAAACACAGGAGUGAUCCCUCAGCCUUCCAGUCUAAAAGUAGUUGUUCCUGCACCGGGUCUCUCCACAGCGCUUCCUCCAGCUCCUUUUACCGUACCAGUGACUCUUCAUGCUACCAGUGUCUUGCCCAAUCCAAGUACAACUGUGCUGAACACUGUGGCAUCAACACCACCACCGCCAUCAUCUUGCCUGUGUGUUUCUCAGGUCCAGCCUACUGUUCCUCCUGCAAUACCAACCCAUACGCCAGGUCCUGCACCGAGUCCGAGCCCUGCUUUAACACACAGCACUGCUCAGAGCGACAGCACUUCCUAUAUUAGUGCUGUUGGGAAUACUAACGCGAAUGGGAAUCUAUUGUCUCCACAGCAGUUGGGGUCGGGCCCUUGUGGGUCUUGUGGUCGCAGAUGCAGCUGUGGGACCAAUGGAAGUCUUCAGAUUAACAGUUACUUUUAUCAUAACGCACUUCCUGGACAAGUCUACAGAGUUCCACCUUUCAUCCCUCUGCCGCCGCUUUGCAAUGGUAGCUACCUCAACCAAGCACAUCAAACCAAUGGAACACAGAUUCCUUUUUACUUGCCUCGGGCCCCAUAUGCAAAUGGGCUGAUGCAUGACCCAGUAAUGGGGAGCCAAACCAACUACGGUAUGCAGCAAAUGGCAGGAUAUGGGAGGUUCUAUCCUGUAUUUCCAGCUCAAAAUGUAGUUGCCAAUACUAAUGGAUCAGGGCCCAAGAAGAAUGGGAAUGUGUCCUGUUAUAAUUGUGGUGUUAGUGGGCACUAUGCACAGGACUGUAAGCAGUCAUCAAUGGAGGCCAGUCAACAAGGCACUUACAGAUUGAGAUAUGCACCUCCCCCACCCCCUUCUAAUGAUACGUUGGAUUCUGCUGACUGAAACCAAGUAAACAUUGCCUACAUACCAAAAUGAAGGUUGGGAGAUCUGGGGAAUUCUUUGGAUUUGAGAGAUUCCUUGUGUGUGUGUUCUAUUUUGUUGCAUUUUCAUUGCUCGUGAACUCCUGUCCUAAUACAAAAGAAGAAAGCCGUGUUGCUCCUGGUCUGACUUGCAUAAAGUAUGUUGCUAUCUUGGCCAACCAAUCAAAAAAGCAUUUGAACGAAUAGACUUUUGCACUGAAGACUUAAGACAUGCAAUGUUUACUACAUUUUUAAAAUAGGGAAAACAAAAGGUCACCUAACCUGACUACACUGGUUAAACAUGGUUAAACGUGGUUUAACCACGUUCAACGUGGUUGAAAGGAGAAACUCAGUCACUUGCGCUCCUCAAAAUCACCUUGCCCUUCCCCUCUUUCUCCUUGUGCUUCUAUUCUUUCCCACCCUUGCUGGCUCUACAUGUCUUCAUGGGACUGGAUGGAUGUUAAGCACUUCAAAUAGAUCCUGCCCAUAACUCUAGUAAAUUCCUUUUCUUGUAAACUGAGGGGGCAUUGCUUGAUUUUCUUAAGAAACUGAACACUCACAACAGUAUAUGUGCAUAAUCUGACAAAUAUAUAGAGCUCUUAUGUGCCUAAAUGGAGAAAAAAAUAUGAAGGUUUAAAACAGUGUGAACUUUAACAGAUGUCUGAAAUAGAAAAAUAUUGAACAAUUUAACUUCUAUUGUUGUGUUUUAAAACCUGUUGGUUCAAAGUCAGUAUGGUAUGAAUGCCUUGGUUUGUGUGUCUGCAUUUGUAAUGAAAAUUGACAGCAAGUACCUUUUUAUUAAAAAUAUCGUACUUUGUCAGUACAAAAGAAACGUGACUUGAUUUUAGCGUUGCCCCUUCAGACUAUUACAGUGCUGUGUUGAGAAUGUAAAUUUACUUCAAUCUGGACAAAAACCUGUGUGUGUUCUUCAGAACCAAGUCGGGUAUUUCUAUACUAGAACCAGUCUACCAAAUAGCAACGUCACUUUCUUAUGACGAUUUACCACUGUGUGAUCACGAUAUAAUGUGAAAGACUCCAAUGAGUGUGAAGAUUGAUCAUGUUAGUGUCAUGUCACUACGUUUAAUGCUGCUGUACUUUAUUUCUGAAAGCCAAUAUGUACUAAAUUGCUUCCAGGUAAUAUUUGAUUUCUUAAGUGCACUGAGUUUAUCUGGAAGAAAACUUUUGACUGUUGAAAUCCACACUGAACUACCACCAUUUGUGUACCCAUAGGUUAGGUAUCACAAGUCAUAGUAGAAAUGUAGGCUUUACUUACUUUAUUUUUUAAAAAAUUAGAUAUGCAGCAGAUACAAAACCAGUCAACAUCCGUGUUUGGUUCAGUCUAAUUGCUAAACAAGAAACUUGAAAAUUUGAUUUACUACAUUUCUUCAUAGAUAGCAUUUAUAUUUAUAGUACCAAUAUAUUUUGAAAUUGUGGGGGUAAAGGGGAGGUAGAUGAGAGCUUUAAUUUAAAAGAAAAAUAGCAUAGAUUAUUUGGGUUAAGCAUUUCAUUUGCUCUGGGUAUCUUGGACCAUAUUAAAAUUAAAUAACUGCUUCUGAGUUUAGUGAGGGUGUCUGAAGCACCAGUGGACUCACAUUCUGAAUUAUCUGCCAGUUUACUUUAUGGAGCUAUUUUAUGAUUUAAGAUACUGUACUGUAAAUAGGAGGUAUGUUGCCUUCUCUUUGUUUGUAUGUUUACUUUGAUAUUUGAAAUGUACUGGAAAGGUUAUAUUUCUAGAACAGAUUGGAUUUUAUGCAGCAUUUUUUCCUUGAAUUAACAGCAAUAAAAAGAGAAAAAAAGCA